AUGGACGCUCAGGUUGCUCCAAUGCUCGGCCACGCUUACGACCUCGAGCCAGAGAGACCCGCCGGCUUACGUGCCGCAAUCGAUGGAGAAGAGGAAGCGAUGCGCCAGGAGAAGAAGCCGGUGCUGAAGAAGGUGAAGGAAAAGGUGAAGAAGAUUAAGGACACCGUCAAGAAGAAAACCCACGGCCAUGGAAACAGCCAUGAAGAAGAAGAUGAUGACGAUGAAGACGAUGAGGAAGAAGACCCUGAAGUCCACGGCGGUUUGAAGGACACAUUGGAGACAUGCGCCGGUGAGUUUCAGGAAGAUCCCGCCGCUCCGACGUCCUCUGAAGCUUCCCGGGAGCGUACACGAGACGGCGAGGAGAUAGGGAUGUCGCCGGUGAUCCAGUCAUUUAUGGCCAUGUCAGUUGAGAAUCCUGCUCCGGUGAAGAACUCCGAGGAAGAGAAGUGUGCCAGUGCCAGGGUCUCUGCCAGAACCAAGACGGCGUACGAGAAGGUGGAAGGAAGAUUAAGAGGAGGAGUGGGAGUGAUGCUGGUGGAGAAAUUGAAGCCGGGCGAGGAGGACAAGGCGCUGUCCGAGGUGAUAUCGGGUGUGAUCCAGAGGAGGAAGACGGCGGCGGGAGAGACGGUGGCGGCGGCAAGCUCCGGCGUGAAGGACGGCGGCGUUGGGGUGGUGGGGAGACUCAGAGAGGCUGUGGCUUCUUGGGCCGGCGGACGACGCAGCUCAAUGAGCGAGCACGCCGAGCAGCAGAGCAAAGAGUUAGAGGAUGAGAAUGGACGUGAUCGACAGAGUUAA